UGAACAGUUCGGUUGAUUGCGCUGUAGUGGUCCGGUUUUUGUUCGACGCUCGCGCGUGCUCCUCCUCCGAGGUUCCCUACGGUUUUACCGCCAGAGAUAUUAGUAGCUAUUGUUACACAGUUUGUGGAAGCGGAGCUGCUGAGUGCGUGAAACACAGAGUAAGCAGUAGGCAUCCCGAACCUUCGGUGUCUGUUGUUAUUUAACAGGAAUUUGAUUUUGAAAUUUUGUGCAUCAAGAAAGAGUCAAGCGCACGCGGCACGGAACGGGAAUUCACUCAGCGGUAGCGGUAGUAGUUAUUUUUCGUGGAUGAAAAAAGCUAGUAAAUUGCGAGACAGUGAGUAAUUACGUGGGUUUUGUGGCGACAGUAAAGCAACAAAAAGGAUCAACGCUGCUGGUCGGUGGUGCGGUGUUGUCGAAGAACAUAGCUGAUGAUAUAAUCAAUCCGAGAAAGAAGAGUUGCUGGUUGAUGAUUUGGAAAGGAGCUAGGAUAUAACGAACAGCACCAACGGCAACGACGACACGCAAUUUGCUGCUUCCAGCAGGCGAAUCCAAAGCCAAGUUAUCGCUAUUAUUACUACUACUACUAUAGCCAGUAGUAUCGAAGGCGUGUAGCACCCAGCAGCAGAAUAGCGGCCCCUUGGGAAAGUCCUGUCGCUCACGACGCGCGAAGAGAGUUCCAGCAGGGUAAUAAUUGAAUUUCCAAGUGUGUAAAAUCAAGUGCAGAAAGCAUUUUCCUCUGGGCAAGGCAGCGUAGUGCAAGUGCAGAGCAAGACGUGAGCGUGCGUGUGUAUGUGUAUGUUUUGUAGUUUUGAAGCGGAAUUAAAUUAGAAAUAUUUCACUGAAGAAGAAAAAGAAGAAGAAGAAGAAAAAGAAGGUGAGGUGGAAGUAUUCUAGCGGCAGCUCCUGAUAGCAGUAACCGUGCUCUGUGCGUUAGUCCCGGCUUAAUUCGAAUGCACGCUCAAGAUUACGACGAGGUUGAUGAAGAUGAAAUUGAUGCUGUAAAGUGGUUCAAGUGAAAAUUAGCCUUACCCUCAAUCCGACCCCGCCAUUCCCCUUAGCUCUUAGCUCCCUCCGUAGGUCCGUAGUGUUUGCCAGUGAAAUUAUGCAAUUGGUGCAAGUGAGCGAAUAAAUCUGGUCUGACACGUGUCCGAUGCGUCGAGAUUCUUCGUUUCGUAACAUUGAGUUGGACGGCAAACGCAGAAGGCGUAGAAGAAAAUCGUGUUGAGAAUCCGAGCGCCGGCCAAAAAUAAAAUUCGCUCCGUCAGGUGUGAGGGGGAUACAUUAAUUGCCGACAGUUAGCGGUAAGAAUUAUUUUAACUACGGUGAGAUGGCAGCAAUGUCGUCGUCGUCGGAUUUGGAAAAGGAUGCAUUUAUUGGUGUUUACGAGCUUGCAAGCGGUGCGAUUGACGAGACGCUGACGGAUAAUUGUCGCUUCUUGGAGCACAUUCGCUCGAUAUACUACGGUUACGGUGAUUCGUUGGCCAAGGUUGGUCGUCUGAAUAACGCCUUGGAUGUGUAUGCCCUCAUCAGUGGGUCGCUGGAGUCCGGGCUGAUUCCGCUGGACAGAAUGAAGUGUCUGACGAACUCACUCGUCGCGAGUAUCGUCGCCAAACGGAGUAGCGAGUUGGGGUAUGGCUUCAGCAGAACCGGCAGCGACGAUUCGGUUGAUGCACUGUGCUGUCCUAUCUGUGAUGAUGUCCUGCGUUAUCCGAUAACGGCCAUCUGUGGGCAUACUUUCUGUAGGCAGUGCUGCUUCGGCCAUACGCAAUGUACGGUGUGCAAUCAGUUGUUUCCGACGAUCUCCGGUUCCAUUGUGGUGAGUCCCAGCUCGAGGCGUAGCACGUCAACGCUGACGAUGGGAUCGUUGGCUCCGUCGACCGCUACGUCAUCAUCGGUCAUGCUGACGGACCAUGAAAAACUGACUGCUGUAGUGGCGUCUGAUGGCGCAGAAGAAGGUGCACUUGGUGGCAGUAGUAGUGAUGUGAGUGAUACCGGUAGUAGUGACAGUAGCAACAGCAGUUGUAUCGUUGGUUUCGAGCAGGAUAUAUUGAUCCGACGGCUGGUCGAACGCUGGUGGGGACCACGAUUGAAGGCUGCCGAGUUCAACGACGAAGCCCAGCGGUAUCUGGAAAGCAACGCACUGGAUGAUGCCCUGCGCUGUUGCAACCAGAGUCUUGAACAAGCACCCACCAGCUACAAAGGUCUCCUGCUGCGGUCCGAAGUCCUGUACCGGUUGCAGCACUACCAGAGCGCACUGGCCGAUGCCGACAACGCCCUGAAAAGCCGUCCCACAUCGCACAAGGCAUACUACUACCGAGCUCUGUCGUUAUCGGCGAUGGAUAAACCGGAACAGGCCAUUCUGUCCCACUGCAUUUCCAUCUUCCUGGAUAAGCAGUCGAUGUGUGUGGCCAGCGGAAUAAUGCACGAACUAGCGAAGGACCUACAAAAAUUACUUGCCUCAUCCCGUUCGGAGUCGGAACUGCCCUCGGACAUGAUGAACCCGCUGACGCUGAUCUUUGACAAAUCUCACUCGCCGAUGAAUUCCCGCAAGAGACGACACCACCGGACCCCGUCCGCCUACCGUCACAAGGUGAAAAAGCAUUAUCUCAGUCUGCGGACCAGCGACUUCGACGAGACGCACUCCGAUUGCACCGAUGAGGAUUACUUCCGGGCUAGUUUUUUCGAUGAAAUGGAUGACUUUUAUCAGCAAACCAUGAAACCUUCCCAUCACCAUCGGCGGAAAUUACUGACGGCGUACGAUCUGAACAUUUUUAACCCGCGCAUGGAUGAGCCGCUUGUGCUCGGUCGGAACUUUUACCUGCAGAAAGGUCCGCGAGUACAGCAGCAAACGCAGCCACCAGCAAUAAUCAUUCCAGGUCCGAACUCAAAACUACGGUCGUUUGUUGAUCAAAUGGCCCAGAAGCUGGAAUCAAUCCGUUGGGCCGAAGGAAACCCGGUACGGUUACACGUCAAUCCGCAGAACGUGGAAGUGUCUGACUUUGAUUGUGUCCUCUGCUGUCGAACUUUGUGGAGGCCCGUGGUGACCCCUUGUGGUCAUACCUACUGUUGGGUCUGCCUCGAUCGUUGCAUGGAUUAUUCCUCUUCGUGUCCGCUCUGCAUGGCACCGCUGGUAGAGCAGUUCCGACACCAUUUGGCCAGCAGUGCCGGUCAGUUCGCCCUGCUCACCGCCAAUCCUACUUUGAUCUCAUUGUCUAAGCGUAAGGUAACUCAGUUCGUCGAGCUCGCCAUGCAACGGUUCAUUCCGGAUGCGUACGAGAAACGUCAACGACAAGAGCUGGACCGGGAACCGACGGUUCCGGUGUUUAUUUGCACAACUGCAUUUCCUUCGGUGCCAUGUCCGCUGUUUGUGUACGAACCCCGCUACCGAUUGAUGGUACGGCGGGCGAUCGAAAGUGGCGAGCGGCAGUUCGGAAUUGCCCUUCCACAGCAAAGCGGCCGGCAGCGGUACGUCGAGUACGGCACGAUGCUGGACAUCCGGGACUGCGUACAGCUGGGAGAUGGUUGCUCGAUUUUGUCGACCGUCGGUGCCCGCCGGUUUCGGGUGGUGGCUCGACACGAAAAGGACGGUUACGACACCGCCAACGUGGAAUUUAUCGAGGAUGAUAAAAUCGACUGCGAGGGAGCCAGCAAAGACGGCCGGGUGCAUUUAAUACGAGAACUUCACGAGAAAGUACUGCUGAAAGCUAUCGACUGGCACCAGAGCCUCUCGGAGAAUAUCAAGUGCGAGAUAUUCAAAAGUUUCGGCAAGAUGCCCGAUCUGGAGGAAAACUGGGAGGACGUGGUGGAUGGACCGGCGUGGGCGUGGUGGAUUAUUGCGAUUCUGCCGUUAAGUCAGCAUUUAAAGGUCGACAUUCUGUCUACCACCAGUUUGGAGAAGCGGUUGCGAGCCAUCGACAAAACUCUGAACCUUGAAGAGUCAGCUCAGCAGAAACGGAAACGUUCCGUGUGCGUAGUUCGUUCCUCGCCAGCAUCUCCACCGCCAGUAAGCUGCUGUGACGGGCUGCAUUCGUCUGUUGCCGCUGCACAGCAUCAGCAGCAACAUCAAAACCAUCACAAUAACCACCACCACAACCAUCAUCAUCAACAACAACAAUGCCAAGCAAUUGACUGUUGCUUACGAGAAAGAACUACCUCAACAGAUCAUCAUCACCAUCAUCAUGAGGAUGACGAUCACCACCACCAUCACGAUCAUCAUCAUAAUCAUCAUCAUGACCACCAUCCAGAUAGUGAUAGAAACAGUUCCGGGGAUCACCAUCAUCAUCAUCAUCAUCAUCACCAUGACCAUCUCAAUCAAUCGGUGGAAGCGGCGGAAUAUUUGUUGUAAAACCGCCCCAUCUCUAUUCGGUCCAGAACAAGAGCACACUCACAAAACACUAAACACUAGGCACUAGCGCACUAAACAAAACAAACAAACAAACAAAAAUAAUCAUAUGUAAAGCAACUGAAUGGUUCUCUUCUUUGAAAAUGUACAACAUUCGUACUCUCGUGGAUCAAACAGUAAACCAAUUUAUGACCGUGUAACCUAAAAGCCAUAGAUUAAUAUGAUAAACAAAAACCGUAACCUGUAAGGAAAACAAACACAACAACAACAACAACAAGAACAACAACCUUUCCUAGUAAACUCUAUUUUUCAUCGAUUUAUGAUAAUGGCUACCAAUAACCUAAGCAAACAAAAAGCGCACUAACUUGGAGGAGUCAAACGAAUCAGAUCGAGGUUAGAACUGUUCCACUAAAUUGAAAAAAAUUCAAAUUCCAUCUUUGCCAUGCCUCUCAUAUAUAACACAAGCAAAGCUUUGAUCAUCCUAAAAAUUUUGAGCUUAAAUCCAUCACACUCGAGUUUCAAAGUAUUUCAAAUUUUCCCGUUUCUGCUCUAUAUCUAUACUCAGCCAGUACUAUUUAACCUGUUCUUUAAAAUUGAAAAAAAAAAACAAAAGUGUAUUCCAUUUUACUCUUGCACAUACACACAAAGUUUUCGUAUCGGCCUGAGGCGGCGAAAUUUUCCAAGAUAUUUUUUUUCUCGCUCUACUCUUCUUACUUCCGUUGUUUUUUUCUGUUGUGUUUUCGGUUGUGUUAAAUCAGCGUUUUUGGCAGCUCGCGGCAGGCUUUGAUCGGGUCAGUCCUACUAAUGUUUUUGUUCAGGCGGGAAAGAAACGGUAACGAAGAACGGCAACAAACCAACCAUGCGUUUCCAUAACGUUGUAAAUUAUGAUGACGGCAGGAAUUCACGCAUCCAAGCAAUGCUUUUUAUCUGAUUUGGAAAAUGUAAAAAAAAAAUAAGUUUUUUCGCUAUUGGCAAUAUGCUAAAUCAUUUCGGUUUUCAGAAACGGAAACUUUGCAACUAACGUUCUUGUUUUGGUUACUGUUUAAUGCUGUUGGAGCUAGACAAAAUCUUCAAGUUACAUUUUGUUGUAAAGCUUUUUUCCGAAACGGAUUUCGCAAGAGAUAUUGCAAUGCCGAAAUCUACAUGUCUUUUGGAGAAUUUUAUCUUCUUCACAGCUGAUUCUUAACGUACAAAACCAUUGCUUGGCUAGUACUGCUUGAAACUGUUUGAAAUUUCAAUUUCGUAAUAAACAACGACGUACAAGCAAUAUCGAAGUAUUUUAUUUGGCGAUGUGAUUUGGCAAUGAGAUUUUAUUUGUGUUUAAUAAUCCAAGUCGUUGAGUUACAAAAAUACGUGAUACAAUAUUGUAUUUACGCCGAAAUUGUAGAAUUUUAUAAACAAUGAAAUUCCAAUCGUAUGAAAACAUGCAAAAGAAUCGUCUGUUGCGGAAUAUUACUCCAUACAAAAUUACAAUAAUGUAAUUUUACGCAUCGUUUCGAACCAGUUUUUAUGCAUUCUUCAAGACGAAAUGGUGCAAGAUUUUUUUUUACUGUCUCUGUCAGGGCUUGCAAAUUGAAGCAACGAAUAUUAACAAAAGAGUUUCACCCUCUGUGCGAUUCACACACAUUCGUAUGUUAGGUAGAAUUCACAGCGCAACCCAAGCAAGGAGAGCUGCUUCGUUCGUGCAUUAGUUCAUGAAGAUGUGCGCCAGUUGAUGAGUAUGCUUCAUGGGGUUAGCAUUUGAUGAACGAUUCUUAUAUUGAAGAUGUUUAUGAGAAAACUAGAUUCAUAACUUUUAGUUCCGAUGAAUAUUAAUUGAAUAAACAUUGCUUUUUGUGUUUCUAGGAUAUAGACACAGUAUAAACUUACAAGAAACAAAUUGGUCAUUUUGAAAACGUUUUCAUUUUUUCAAAUGCAAAAUUUAUGCUAUACAAUGUUUGAAAUAUGUUUGAAAUAUGUUUGAAAUGUAAUCAAAUUGGGUCUUGGAGUACAAACGUUAUAUUCAAAAAUGAUUUCUGUAAAUCUAAACUAAAAAGACACCGUAAAUAUUGUCUGUAUGACCUUGCUUCGCAUCUUGUAGCACGCCGUGAAGCAAAGUUCUUCAUUCUCGUACAGUACAAACGAGAGUGAACCCUUCAUUUCAUUGCAUUGUCAUGGAUUGCUCAGUUCAUGUGUUAACUGAGACUGACAGCACAGGCAAUUUACCAAGCAAGCGAAUUGGUCUGCUCAGUAGCAUAUACUCUCACACAUCCAGUUUCUCUCUGAUAUAGAUCUCUCAUUCAGUUAUGUCAAGCAAAGUGUUCACAGCGGGUGUUUUUUUCUUGUUGCUUCGUUCGUUUGAGGAUUCACAAUACAAGUCCUAGUCUCUGUACUGUCCGUAUACCGGUUUGAUAUGUUUCUCGUUAGCUUGACGAAUGUAGUCGGACUUUAAUAUUGUAUUCAGAAAAUGUAAUACUGAUUGCGGGUUUGUUCAGUAAAUUUUUGGAAAAAAAUAUCAACUCUCGACCGUUUCAUUUGCCAAAUGUCCGCAUAUCAGUCCGGGGUAUCUUAAGCCUUUGGUCUUAAAACUUGAAUCCGGAAUUUUACACACUUAUAAAACAAAAUCGUGUAAAUUGACAUCUCUAUAGAUGCACAUGAAAGAAGCGUAGCAAUUCACUUCAAUUUACAAUUCAAAGCAUGUUGAAAUGAAAGAGUCUUAGUUAAUUUAGUUUAUGUUGACAUCGACGCAUUCACAAAACUCAUUUUUACAUGUACAUCUAUGAAGUAUGUAACUGUAAUAUAAUUCUAAGUCUUAAGGGGUUACGCCACUGUAGAAAAAAAGAGAAGGACUUUUUUGGGGAAUUAUUUUGGGAUCCAAAAAAAUGGAGUAAUCCGAAUUUUGUAUAAAUCACUUUUUAAUAUGUAUAUUUAAGUACAAAAAAUGAUCAGUUUUAAAAAUUUAAAAACAAAGUGGCGGCUUGGCGCCAUUUCCGCGAAAAGGCUGCAUUUUGACGACCGGAAAUUCAGCUCCCGCAAUUUUCGAUCUAGAACAAAAAAUAAAACAUUUUCUAAUUUCAUAUUACAGUGUGCAUAGAGGUACGUAGGAGUUUUUCAAUUAAUUGAUUUUCUGUAAAAUGGCAGCCCUUUGAAAAUAAAACCGCAUUUUUUCAUCACAAAAUUGUUCAUGAAAAAUAAUAUUCACUACAUAUUUUCAAAAACCCCUACGUACCUCUGUGGAGAAUAUUCUGUAAAAUGUUUGAAUCGAUUGGUCAAGAUUUACUUGACUUAUGUUUCCGGUCAGCUCAGAAAACGUGAUUCUGAGAUAAACGCGUUUAAAGUUCUCGGUGCUGUAAGAUCGUAUCUCAUACUCGAAAUUAAGACGUCUAAAAAUUUUUUCCCGCUUUUCAUCUUUUGGGAUAUUAUUUUUAAGAUCAUACAUGACCUUUUGCAAUGAAAAAAAAUUCCGAUUUUUUAAAAAUUCUACAGUGGUGUAACCCCUUAAGGUGUAAUUUACAAUCUUAGAAAAAAUGACCAAUGUUGCAAAACGCAAAAGCAGUUUCCUUCGCAGUCGUAGAGCGGAAAUUCAAAACAAAAAUAUCAGUUUGUUUGAAACAUGUUUCUAAACAAACUGAUGUUUUUUUCUUGUACAGUGGCGUAUCUAGAGGGGGGUGAAGGGAGCAUUCGCCCUGGGCGCAACGUUUUUAAGGGGGGCAGCAAACCAAUCAUUGGGAGCUCGUCCAAGUCAUCUUUCCGGAGAUGGAGUUCAGAUUUGUUUUUGUUUUUUGUUCACUAAACCAACGAUGGAGGCGGCAAAUCUCUUAUUUUGCCCCGGGCGCCGAAUUUCCUCGGUACGCCAGAUUCAUCAGCAGUAGCGGAGGAAACUGCUCUAUCGUUUUUUAACAACGGCUGUUUCCCUGAGGUUGUAAGUAGAACCUUAAAUCUUGUGUCUUGCUUCUUAAGUCAUGAUUCUUGGGUCGUUAGUUUUAUGGUUUGAGUCCUAAGUCUUGAGUUUUGUAUUAUGACUCUUAAUACUUCGGUCAAAAAAUCCCCUGACAAAGAAAACAACACAUUUUUUUUCAAAUUUUAAACAUACAAUUGUUCCAACAGAGUUCAAACAUUUCUACACCACUUUUAUACCACGACUUUUCUUUAGCCUCACAGAACAGUUCAGUUUCAGCGAUGACCUCAUCAUUCGAUGCAAAUCUCUUUUCCAACAGACUUCUUUUUCGAAAUCUGAGAGCUGAAAACAGUCGGUGGGGGCUAAAUCCGGCGAAUAUAGGGACUGGAGCAACUAUUCGAGUUUUAAGUUAUGGAAUUUUUGCAUCGUAACGAGCAACUUGUAACGCAGUAAAUAUGAUAAUGAUUCUGCAAACAAUUUUUUUUAUAUUCAAUUGUUCAUGACGAACUUCGAGCCAAAUCGUAUCCGCAGUUAGCAGCACUCUCAGAUUUGGAUGAAACUUUCUUGAUAUGUAGACUUUGUCACAAAAAGCUACUUUGCAUACUUUGUUUUUCCAAAACUGAACUAGAGUGUCUUUUGAAAAGGGACAAACAAACCAAUUAUUUUCAAAUAGUUUUAUCGAAAGAUGACAAAUUCUACCAAAAAGUUUCUUGUGAAGGUUUUCGGAACAACAGGCAGCCUCACUUGGACUUCAUCGGUGUUUGAAGGACCACAUUUAAAUUCAGCAUGCCAGUCGAUAAUGGUCGAUUUGUUUUUUUUUCCUUGAAAAACAUUGUUUCUAAUUUUACAAAAGUAGUGUCAUCAAAAGUAUCACGCUAAUGAGCUGAAUGUCAUGGCACUUUGACAGACGACAUCUGAAAGAUGUCACGCUAGAGGGAUUAUUCAUUAGUCAGUCUGUCAGAUCAGGGAUUUAUUGACCGACUUGUCAUGAAACUUAAAUUUUGAGUCUUUGGUAUUAAAUCUUAAGUCUUGUGCUCUAAGUCUAGAGUUUUGAGUCUUCGUUCAUGAAAUUUGGAGACUAGAAUAUUGAGUUUAGAGUAUUGCGUAUCAUGUCUUGAGUCUAGAGUCUUGUGUCUGGAGUUUCAAGUUUUAAGACAUGAAUCUUUGAGUCUCUUAAAUUUGGAGUCUAGAGUCUAAAGUUGUGUGUCGUUAUUCUUUAGCCUUGCAGUUUAAGUCUUGACGCUUGAAUUUCAAAUCUUCAGUUUUACGUUUUGAUGCUUGUGUCAAGUUUGAAAGACGAAUCAAAAACCUUGAGGUUUGAGUUCCAUGUCUUGAAACCUGAGUUUCGAGUCUAAAAUCUGGAUUUAUGCUUCGUUUAUUUUGAGUAUUGAGACUUUAUGGUUUACUCUUGUGACUUGAGGCGUUAAUUUUAAGUUUUGAUCAUUGAGUCUUGAUUUUUAGGUUUUGCGGUUUGAAUAAUGAGUUUUGAUGCUUGUGUCCUAAGUUCAAGUUUUGAGCCUUGAAUCAUGAGUCUUUAGAAUUAAGUUUUGAACCUUGAGUCUUGAUUCUCAAGUUUUGAGUCUUGAUGCUUGUGUCUCAAGUGUAAAGUGUCAAAAUUGAAUCAUGUCUAAAGUCUUGAAUCUUGUGUUUCGAGUCUAAAGUCAGGAGUUAUGCUUCGUUAAUCUGGAGUUUUGAUUCAUAAGUUUUGCGUCUUGAAUCGUGACUCUUGUCGUUUGAACUUUGAAUGUUGAAUUUUGAGUUGAGUUUUGAGGCUUGUGUCUCGAAUCUUGAGUCUCAAGUUUUUCGACUUGAAUCAUGGGUCUUAACAGGAAAUUUACAAUCUUUGGAAAACGGCCAUUCGUAUUCGGGUGGUUUUCAUAAUACACUGAGGUCUUUUUUUAUGCGGUCUUUUUUAUGCGGUUUUUUUACGCGACUUUUUUUAUGCGAAUUUUCAGAGUUAUGCGGGUUUUUUUAUGCGAAGUUUCAGAGUUAUGCGGUUUUUUUUAUGCGAAUUUUCAGAGUUAUGCAGUUUUUUUAUGCGAAUUUUCAGAGUUAUGCGGUUUAUUUUUAUGCGGUACGUAAAUUCGCAUAAAAAAAGACUUCAGUGUAAAGGGGAGACCGGGGCUAAAUCGGACAUUUUUGGAAAUUGAAAAAAACAUCAAUUAAAAUUGGGGUUUUCCUAGUCUCUAAGCGCAUUUACAAAGUCAAUCCAUGAAUCGAAUUAAUUGCAGGUUUAUAAGAUAUAUAAGCUUUCCGGUGCAACCACGUUUCCGGUCUAGUCGUGUGUUGAGCUAUCGUUCUUGAUUCUUGAAUGUUGUCUCUAGAGAAACGAUUGUCGAAGGUUCAGAAUUGGAUGGCAGUUUCGGUAGUAUCUCUCAUAUCCUGCAUUGAUUUUAUCUCAUCCAAAGAACGUAAUUCGAUGAUAAUUGGCACAUUUCAAUGAAUAAAUUAGUUUUUCGGACUAGAAUACCAUUUAUAUCAACACAAGUGAGCAGUUUGUUGAAGUACAAAUCGUGGUGAAUAUUAUGAUUCCUCAAAAACAAUUCCAAACUUUCGCAUCGAUUCGUCAUCUUCUUCUUCACUUCUGGAUGGCGUCAGCUCACUUGAGAUGACACCGAUUGAUGGCACAGCAAGUUGGGCUAUAUUGACAGUUAAUUUUCGUUUAUAGUCGAUAGACUUUCUUUUCACUGAACUGCAAAUGCAAACCUCGCCGCGUGACAACGUGGAGUCGCAAAAGUACGGAUGAGAAUCCUUUCUUUCUCGCGAAAUACUCAAAUUGUCACCGCACUAACAUGAUACAACGUGUUCACUCGUUGAAGGUUUCACCGGAAGUCGAUUGAUUCGCCUUAUGUCGUUUUCGCUUGAGGAAACUGAAACUGCCCAGGGUAGUUUCGUCAAACAAACACUUUUCACGAAACUGGGUUGGGUUCGCACUCAGCAACGGGGGUUUGAGCAAACCUGAUAUACAAAUCAGGUUAGAAACUGACUCGAUUUUCAGUUCAACAACGUUGAAAUUAGGUUCGAAACUAGCUUCAAUCAAACGGUUUGACAGUAGUUAGAGUGGAAACUGGGUUAGGUUUGGCAUCAAGCGAAAACGACAUUAAUAUAAUAAAAUGAACGAAUCAUUCACUAGAAUGUCAAAAAAUACUAAUCUGACGCAACAAAAAAAGCCUCGUUAUUUUAUUUCUACCAAAACUAGAACUUUGUUCCACGGGUUGAUGAGAUGGACGAAUCCCAAAUCUCAAACCACUCGACCGAUUUGGUUUAUAGGUUGGUAUUAAAAAUGUGCAUUGCAUACUGAUAGGCGAAAUUUUGUUUUCUGAUUAUGACUAAGGUUCAAUUACUUAUGAUAGCUAUGUCAUCAGUUAUACUAGAGUACCUAAAACCAGAGUGACGACAUCUCAUGCGUAAUGUUGACAACAGUUCAAAAUAUUGGCAGUUUCGUUAGUUAGUUUAUAUUGUAUGUGACAGGUCGUUUGCUCAUUUGGAACGAUACUGUCGAAAAUGUAACUUCCAAACAAACAGGUAUCGUCGCUUUGGUUUAAGGCACUCUAAGCUAUUCUAGUGCAUUCGAUGCAUUGUUACAUUUUGACAUUGUAAAUCAUCUAGUAACAAUACUUAGUACAAUACUCUUAAAUUACAAAACUAAUAUGAACAAUCCUUAAAUUCGAUAAACAUUUGUUUUUAAGGAUUUUUUUGUCACCGUAUUGCUUUUGACAACAUGAAAGUACAGAACAAGUUCCGCGUGAACUUUCUCGCUGCUUAAAAAAAAAACACGUGUGUUUUUGACAGCUGGGAAGUACAGAACAAGUUCUGUGUGAACUUUUUCGCUGCAUAGAAGCUGAGCAUGGUAUUCUAGAAAUUGCUUGGAAGUUCGAUCGGUUACAUCGCGCGAGUUUCCAUGUGUGGAAAAUGACCUUCUUAGAAUACUUUUCAUAAACUUUGUAAACUGCUUACUUCAGCCAAAUUAGUCACCUUUAUCCGAUUUUAUUUGACCUCUAUAAUCGGAAUGAAACAAAAACUUUGCAUGUGUUAGCACAACUUUAUUGAACAAUAUGAUUGCCGUUUAGAAGUUUCAGCACAUUCAACUAAACCGAAAAAGAAACAUUUCUGUCCUAAUCAAAGCCACCGAGAAACACAAACGCUGACAGCAGAACUGCUUGUAAAUGUCACAGUAAGCAUGAACCAGUUAGCCAAACAGAAAGAAAACUAAACUCCAAACAAAACAAAAAAUACACUAGUUCAAGAACAGCCACAACACUCGAAAAAGCAAAAGUAUGCAAGGGUGCGGUGAUCGUGACGACAAUCUUUCCGUAAAACUUUAAAUCCGUAUAAACCAACCCUUGGGUUUGACCAAUCCAAUCCAAUCACAAAACAACCCUCGUUUACUUCAGUCUUCGGUCGGGAGGAAGCGAACAAUCAAACCAAUGAAUCAUAGCAAACAUUAGGGAACAUAACAAUGUUUUAGCUCGAAUGGUCGAUGAAAGGUGAAGAAAAUAGAACAUCCUUUUUCAAAGGUACAAUCACAACCAAGGUUCGUUUAAGGUUAAACGUUUUCGGUUUAGGUAAAGAAAAAAAAACGAGUUGAUGGAAUAACUAGGAAUGUUGUGUGAAACUAAAAUAAUACAGCUGUAAUUGGAAUUUCUAGAUUUAUGUAGCAUUUGAUUUCGAUACAAAAGUUUAGUGUUUUCAGAUCCACAACGGUUAAGAGCGUUAGAGCAGUAUUCACAAUUUUUAAAGUACACUAUUUUUUUUAGUUUCAUUUUGUUGGCAAGAAGAAGUCUCAUCGUAGCUUAUUAAAACUAUUAUUAUUUUGGGUACAAAUUUAGUUACGAAGUGAAGGAUGCGAAGACAAAAAAAUGCGGUCUCAAUACGGUCUGGAUAAAAAAUGAGGAUUCAAUCACUGAAAGCUACAAUAGAUUUUAGGAAAUCAAAAGGAUCUGAAUGACAGUAGAGUUUGAAAAUCAGAAAGAAACUGUUCCUCGGAGUAAUGUGAAAGUGUACUGAACAACUGAUUUCCACACGUUAGCUAAAAUUCAAAUGCAGUAGCUCUUAGCAUGCGUCUAAACUAUUAGUAGUAGUGAACAGAGAGAGAUUCACAAUUUUUAUUUUGUCACGCAAAGAAUUUUCGGCACAGAAUCUUAGCAGUUGAACCAAAUUUGUACAUGCAGAAGUACGGCUAAUUAAAUUUGUUACAGACUACAGAGCAUUUAUCGGUAAAAUGUUUUGUAUACAAAUCGAUUUAAUUACUUCAAGCUUACGACCUAUAGUCUUCACGAAGAGGAGCUAAAACCAAUUCGUGUGCCAAAAUAUCGAUUUACUGCCAGAGACGGGUUGAUCCAAAUUUGUUUUAUAACUAACUGAUUGAAUGGUAGCUUAUGUGAUUGCUUCAUAAAAAUAAAAUUGAGGAUUGUUCAACAACUCCUAGGCUUUUCUUAGCUCUCAACAACCUAAUAGAUUUCCAAAUGAUCAGAAUCGCC